CUCAUUCACCAAAACAAGGCUAGAGAGGUGGUCACGAGCUAUCUUCUCCUUGGUCACUCACGAGAUCUCAAACUUCCACUUGAACUUCAGUAAAAUGGCUGAUACAGAGCUUAUGGAAAGUUUGGAUACCCUCUUAGUACAGUUGGCUCUGCAGACUCGAGAAUUGUGCUCGAAAAAAGACGAUGUACACAGGCAAAUUAAAGUCUUCCAGACUAAUAUUCAGCAGAAGAAGACUUGCAUCGAGGAGACCAGGAAGAGCAUAGAGAAACUUGAGGAUCAGAUCUUAGAGAAACAGAAGACAGUGCAGCAUUACAGAGAGAACACUAAGGGUAUGAAGAGGACCAAUGACCUAAUGACGCACUAUGAGAAGGUCUUGGAGAGUGAACUGGAGCGCCGAAAUGAGAACUGCAACAGGGACAUGAAAAUGUAUCAGGAGAGAAUCGAGAGCUGCAAGGCGGUUCUGAAGAAGCACAAGGAGAAGUACCAUGAGCACCCCCUGGCCCAAAAGCUGUUGCUGAUCCUGGCCAAGAACGAGGAGAUUGAGAAGCGGAUCAGGGCCUGCGAGGACCAGAUAGCCGCCGGGGAGAAGAAACGGCAGGAGCUGCAUGAUGCAGCACGAAAUAAAACUCUACCGGAGCAAGGAGACGAUAGUGUGUCAGUUGGUCACAUAGAGCUUCAGAUGAUGGAACAGGGAGAAGCAUCAGUGGAGGGGAAGGAGCUGCUGUCACAGGGCCAGGGUUCAGGCUGGGAGGUCCUGGAUGAGGGUCAGGGCUGGGGAGAGGAGAGGAUGGAGGAGGCAGACGCCGGCCGAGGCAGAGCAGUACAAAGGGAGGUAGCGGACAAACCCAAGCAAGGACAGAGGGAACAGGAGGCUAGCUUCAAUGUGUUUGGCAUGGCCGAGGGACCGGCCAGAGAGGAAGGCUUUGCACUGGGGAUGGCAGCGGAAGCCGCAGCAGCACCCACCACGACAGCAACAAUAGAGAGCCGUGGGCAGCAGCAGGACCCCCCCACACCCAAAACCCCCAAGGCUCCCAGCAACCCCCCCAGGACCCCCACCACCCCCCAGACCCCCUGCACCUCCACUGCUGCAGCUGGGGAUGCGGACAUGCAGGUGCCAGCCGCCGGGGCCGCAGGGGACGUCACACCCCCUCCUCAGCAGACGCCCCCCAGGAUGAAGGCGGCCCUGUCCACCCCCACCUUCAAACUCGGGGGCCGCAGCGACAGCACGGAGGAGAAGUCCCCAGGCUUCGUGUUCACCAUGCCGGCUGAGCCCACUCCAGCUGGCUUCUCAGCUGAGCCCCCUCAAGCUGGCUUCUCAGGGUUCGGCUUCGACAUGGGCUCCACAGCACAGGAGGAGGAGGAAACUCCUUUCUCUUUCACAAGCGAGUAUUUCAGCGAUAAGAAAUUCUCUGAAUCAAAGUUCUCAGGGUUUCCAUUUGACCAGCAAGAAAGUGGGUCUGAGGAUGGAUUCCAGUUCCCCUUCUCUUCCGAGAGUCCCACGCAGAAGCCCAACAGUUCCGAGGGGGGCUUCCAGUUCUCCUUCUCCAACCAGAGCCCAGAACAGCGCCCCUCCUCCAAAGACAGCGCAGGCAGUGGCGACGGGUUCCCCUUCUCCUUCAACUUCUAAACGUUCUACAGUCCACAGUCCUUCCAAGUUCUACGUUCUGCUAUUCAGGAGGAAUUGUCGGUAGCUUUCUAUUCUGUGCCAGAUUGGAGGAGUAUUGUAGAAGUUUGUAGGAUGAAUUGUAUGUGCAUUUUCAUGAACUGCAUGUUUUAGAUGUGAUACAUGACAGAUGGUUUAUGGAACCUGGUGUGCUAACCGUGUGCAAACUUUUUAAGUCCUCUAUCAACAAUAUACUUGUUAUUUAGCAGUGUAGGUCAAAGAAACGGUAUGAUACAGGAUGGUAUGUUAUGUUAUGGAGGCAUCGUAAUGGAGUCAAAGUAAUAGAAGACAUUUUUUUCCAUUUGUUUGGUUUGGGAAAAUUACAGAGCAUGCAGUACUCCUGUCAUUUUAUUUAUGGUGAUGAAAAACUACGGCAAGACUGAUGUCAGUAGUCAUCUCUGUGAUAUUUAUUGUUGUUUAAUACAUUCAGAUGGUAGUGUUUACACAAAUAUAUUCUUACACUUGUUUGCCUGUUUACUUGGAAGAAGAAAAAGAGAACAAUAAAAAUAUAGGAAUCAAA